CGUAUAGCGGUGGGCGGAGAAAGCCCCGCCUCUUUUCCCGGGCCCGCCUUGAUAUGAGUCAGAGGGGCUGGACGGAGGGACACGAGUGCUGGGAGUUUGCUCAGGAGUGGGGACCGCGUGGCAGGGAGUGCAAGAGCAACACGUUGCAAUGGCUGGAAUACAAAACCAACAGUCGACCAUGCAAGAAGAAGUAGAAAAGGGUGUCCGGUUUCUCUGUCGUAUGGUGAGGAACCGGAACGAGAAAGUGGACAAGCAACGGGUGGAGCGUUUUGGCGAGCGCUUGGUUGCCAUCUUGUGUGAACGCUACACCGGGCACUGGUACCCAGAGAAGCCCCUCAAAGGACAGGCUUACAGGUGUAUCCGGAUCAAUAGGAAUCAGCCUGUCGAUGAUUCGCUCCUGAAAGCUUGCAAAGACUGUGGACUGGAAUAUUCUGAAUUAAAGUUACCCUGGGAAUUCACCAUGUGGAUUGACCCUGGAGAGGUCUGCUGUCGGCUCAGUGAGAACAGCCACUAUUUCACGGUGAAGGAUGAGGAAGAGAGCAGCAAUGCCAGCGGCAAGACAACACCUGACCUGGAGACAUCGGACUACCAUUCGGAGUCUCCAACCUCCGAAUAUUCAUCAGAAGACGAAGGGAAAGCCAAGCUGGCAGCAAAGUCCAUGGCAGUGAGCAAAUACCAACCAUGGAAAACCAACAGCAGCAACAAACAGCAACAGCCGGCCCAGUAUUUCUACGUCCCGGCGCCUCUGUGGGUCCCGUGCCAUCAAGGCAUGGUCAGCUACCUCCCGACGUACCAACCCUUAACCUUCUACUAUGCCAACGGUGCGUCAAAAAAGCCGGCAGCCAGGCAACCCAACCCCAACCUGGUGAAGCGCCUCACCAAACGGGCCCCGAAACCAUGAAAGACGGCGUGGCGGGGCAACGGCGGAGGUCCCUAGCUCUUGCCCCAGCAUCUUCAGGACCAGAAGUUGGGACUCCACUGACAAUGCGACUCUUACUUUUAAGCCUUAGCCCUCAGGGAAGGUAGCAAUUCUUUUACGGAGGAAUCCUAGAUAGCUGGUGUCUUAGUUGUGCCCUCUUUGGUGUACGUCACGUGUGUCACCUUGUUUCUAUGGUGCUGAACGACUGUAGCAUUCCGAUUUUGUGUGUGUAUAUAUAUAUUUGCAGCACUUUUUUGUGCACUCAGAAUGUUGCCUUGUUGAAGAAGGGAGCAAAGAAAUGGAGGAUUUGGGGAACAAGAAGAUGGUUUCAAGCCUAUCCAGUCGUCCCGCAGGAUAGACUUGAAACCAAAAAGGUACUUACUUACCUUUCACCUUCUGGGGACACCCAGAGGGUGAAAUCUAAGAACAGGCUCCUCUUCCCUCGGUUUUCGUUUCCUUGGCUACUUCUGCAAAGUUGGGAAACAAGUAGAGGAGGCCUUUGUAUGUGUGUUGCACUUUAAAAAGAAAGUCAAUCCUGCUGCUACCAAAGUUGUGGGGAGAGGAGGUAUGGACUUCUGUAUACAUUGUUCAUGUGAAUACAAUUUUUCAAAAUCCGUCCUUCAUAGAGCAAGGAAUAGAGAAGUAGAAUGCAUUUCCUAUUCCUCUGUCCUAGCUUUUGAAAUUUUCACCAGAUGCAGUGCCUCCGCUUCUGUCUUUUGGGCACAAAUUGAGGUGGCUCUCCAGAUACUGUAAACCUCAUCAUUCCACACCAUUGAUAUUGCCAUAUAAUAUAGGGGCCCCCCGUGGCGCAGCAUGUCAACCACUGAGUCGCGGGUUCGAAUCCAGGGAGCAGAGUGAGCUCCUGCUGUGAGCCCCAGCUUCUGCCAAACUAGCAGUUCAAAAAUGUGCAAAUGUGAAUAGAUCAAUAGGUACCGCUCCAGCGGGAAGGUAACGGUGCUCCAUGCAGUCAUACCAAUGGCUGUGUGACCUGGGAGGUGUCUAUGGACAACGCCGGCUCUUUGGCUUAGAAAUGGAGAUGAGCACCAACUCCAGAGUCAGACACAACUAGACUUAAUGUCAGGGGAGAACCUUUACCUAUAGAUUAUCAAUGCAAUCCACAUUAUCUGCAUUGAACUGGAUUAUAUGAGUCUACACUGGCGCAUAAUCCAGUUCAAAGCAGAUAAUUUAGAUUUUAUAUGGCAAUAUUCAUGGGUCCUGAGAGAUAUUGUUCCGCAGUAUCUGGAGAGCCACACUAUUCCCAUCAUUGGCCCAAAUCCACUUGUUAAUUCUUAAUAAAGUAGCUCCAUUGCAUCAAUGGAGGGUUGGUUAUGUCAACUCAUUAUGUUGCCUUGAUUCGACGACUCUUUUCUUUGGGUGCAUCUAUACCAGGCCUGGGCAAACUUGGGCUCUCCAGGUGUUUUGGACUGCAACUCCCACAAUUCCUAACAGCCGGUAGGCUGUUAGGAAUUGUGGGAGUUGGAGUCCAAAACACCUGGAGGGCCCAAGUUUGCCCAGGCCUGAUGUAUACUAUAGAAUUAAUGCAGUUUUAUCUUUCAUGGCUCAAUGCUUUGAAAUCCUGGGAGUUGUAUUUUUGUAGGGUCUUUAGCUUUGUUUGCCACUUUUCCAAAGUACAAAUCCCAUGAUUCUGUAGCUUUGAGCCCUAUAAAACUACAACCCCUUGGAUUCCAUAGCAUUGAGCAAUAGUGAUAAAAAAAUAGUUUCAAACUCCAUUAAUUCUAUAGUGUGGAUGCACAUUAGGUGGAUCUGGGCCAUUAAGUUUUAUAUCUUACUGUUUGGAAACAUAAAUGAAAAAAGACAGCUGAGUUUUAAAAGGUUGUGCCCAUUGGCAGUGUGUUUUUCUGGGGAUGCCAUAUGGCUGUAAAAAUAAAUAAUACUUCACCUACCUCAAGUGAUAUUGUUGUAAAGAGAUUUAUGAAUGAAGCAGAGUUUAUUAUAUAUUUGAAGGAUUUUUUUAAAGCGCUUGACUGGAAGUGACUUGUUGGGGCAAAGUAUUAUUAUUAUUAUUAUUGACGAUGUUUAAUAUAUGUCCUGUAAAUAACAGCUGUGUGCUUUUUUAAUUUAUGGAAUUGUGCAAAAUGUCUUUUAUUAUCUGCAGCUUGUUUUGAUGCACCAUUGAUACAAUGCCUUUUUUAAAGAAAACUUUUUAUAUGGAAAAAAGCCUUUUUAAAUGAAUUAAUAAAAAUCGUACCUAAUUCAA